GACAUUUUGACCAUGUUGUCUUAUCACCUUAAUUGAAGUCCAUUUGUUGUGACAGAGCAUUGAAUUUCAGAUUAUUCAUGUAUGUUAGAACAAUGUAUAAGUGUAAAAUUUUCCUUUUGUACGAUGUUAUCUCUGCAACAAUAUGCUAGAAGUUUAGCGCAGGCACAGGCACAGGCACGUGUGUUUCCUUAGCAUAAUGGAAUUGGUAAUAUGAUUCAAGUGGCAUUUUCUUAAUUCUAACAAACACAAACCUAUGAAUGGUUGUUAUGGAGAACUUGAACCUUACAUUAAUGAAAGUUGCACGUUGCAUGUUUUGGUGUGAUUGAAGUGCAAAAGUUCUCAAGUGUUUAGAGAGAAAGAUGCAUGAAGAAUGGCACCAAAUCAUUUCUCAAACUUUGAAGGAACAUACAAAACUCUUCGUCCACCUGCUGCCAUAAUUGCGGCUUGUUCUGUGCUUGAAGCUCUAGUGCUGUCUUUUCUUCUCAUUCUGCAACAUCUUCAAUCAUAUAACAAUCCUGCAGAGCAGAAGUGGAUUGUUGGUGUUGUUUCAAUGGUCCCUAUCUAUGCUACUGAGUCUAUUAUUUCUUUGUGGAAUCCAAAAUUAUCUCUAGCAUGUGACAUUUUAAGAAACUGUUAUGAAGCCUUCGCCCUGUAUUCUUUUGGCAGAUACCUUAUUGCUGCUCUUGGUGGUGAAGGAAAGGUUGUGGAAUUACUUGAAGAUGAAUAUGCAGAGCACCUUGGUAAAUCCUUGUUAGAUGGUGUAGAUGAGAAUCACGACAUGGAUGAUAGAUCAUUUUGCAACUUUUUUUGGCAUCCAGCCAAGCUAGGAAAAGAUCUUCUCACAAUAGAAAAAUUUGGUCUUGUUCAAUAUAUGAUCCUGAAGACUGUUUGUGCAUUGUUAGCAUUUAUAUUGGAACAGUUUGGUGUUUAUGGUGAUGGGGAAUUCAAGUGGUACUACGGGUAUCCAUACAUAGCAGUAGUAAUGAAUUUCAGCCAGAUGUGGGCACUAUAUUGCCUUGUUCAGUUCUAUAAUGUUACUCAUGAGAGACUUCAACCAAUACAGCCACUUGCAAAGUUCAUCAGCUUCAAGGCUAUUGUGUUUGCUACUUGGUGGCAAGGUGUAGGUAUUGCAGUAUUGUGUACAUUUGGGGUGCUACCCAAUGAGGGGAAAUUCCAAACUGGUCUGCAAGAUUUCUUAAUUUGCAUAGAGAUGGCCGUUGCAGCUGUUGCUCAUGUGUUUGUAUUUUCUGCAAAACCAUAUCAUUUUCUUCCUUCUGCUGCAUAUGGAGAACUCAGAAAAGAAACAAAGGAGGCAGCCAUGGAGAUAGAUGAUGAGAAUAGGCAGAAAACAGCUUUGCUAAAAGAGACAUCGACUCGAGUUGAGUCUCCAAGAACAAGUGUGACGGAGAGCGUCCAGGAUAUUGUUGUUGAAGGUGGUCAAAGAGUUGUCGAGGAUGUUGUACUGGCAAUAAAUCAAGCAAUAGGGCCCGUGGAAAAGGGAGUGACGAGAAUUCAGCAGACCUUCCAUCACAGAACGGUGGUUUCAUCAGAUGAGGAUGAGGAAAAAGAAUCCGAUAUACAAGUAGAGAGAGAUGUCACAGAAUCUUAGCAGUAAAGGGAAAAAAAAUUGCUACCAUGUAAAUUAUUAGGAUGGAAAUCAGAUUUGAAGAAUCGGGCUUUGUUCUACACAUCAAGAUAUCAUAUUCUACACAAUAUAUGGGCAAUUUCUGCUUGCUUUACAUGUUAAUAAUGAGUACAUAUGUUGAUGCAACUUUAGAAGACUAUCUUACUAGUGCUAGGACUUGCUAGAAUAGACAGUAUAAACAUCACUCCUCUGGUACUUAACCAGAGGAUAAAAUGACAAUAGAUUUCUGUUGUUUAUUUUAAA